AUCUUCACAAACUGAACGGUGUUCGCAUGACGGCAGCAUCCUCACAUGUCUGUCAGUGAAUGUAACUGACUGUAAAUUUUAAGAGGAAGGAGAGAACGAGGAAGGAAGACAGACGGAGAGAGCCGUUAAAAGCCGAGUUAAAAGACAGAAAUACUGAAAUAAAGAGAAAGAAAAGAUGAUGAAGAAGAGAGAGAGCAGCAGAAGAUGAAACCAGACAAUUAAAUCUUCACCGAGACCAGGACCUGCCUGCCUGCUUAUCUACCUGUCUGUCUGCCCGUCUGUCUGCCUGCCUGUCUGUCUGUCUGUCUGCCUGUCCACCUGCAGACAUGUCCUCUAGGCCUGAGAGUAAAACAGCCUCCCAGUUUGCGACUCUCACUAUGAGACUGAAGGGUAAAAUCCACCAGCAGCGGAACAGAUACUCUGAUCGAAUCAAACAAACCCCGUCACCGAGAAGCAAACCACCUGACCUGGACCUGAACGAAGACACACAGCAAGACAAGCCGGUGUGUGUGCUCGAGGACCGCCAGCGGCUCGUCAUCAGCUCUCUUCAGUACUUCAAAGCUCUGGUUGACAAACUUGGAGUGGACAAAGUGGACAAACUGGUUCUGGACCAGUCUGUGGUGGGCAGGCUGCUGGGCGGGGCAUCCGGCAGCGUCCUGGAGGCGGUCCAGCCUCUGGUCCAGCUGGAGCCACACCUCCACAGCAGUAAGACCGUCUCCGCCUGUCUCGCUCGUCUCCACCGCUCUCUGGCUGAGCUGAUUCGCUGGUGUGAUCAGGUGAUGCUGCAGGGCGUCGCCACCGACAACAAGGAGUCCACAGCCAGCGUUACCACGGUGAUCAGGGCCGUGUUGGACGGGGUCAAGGAACUGGUUCGAUUGGCUGCAGAGCGACAAGACGGCUCCGCCCCCGUGUCUCCUGUCCAAUCACAGCCAGCCGUGGGGCAGCCUGGAGCGUUCGUCGGCCCGGAGACGUCGGACGAGACACUCACCUGUCCACUUGCAGAGGAGGCGGAGCUGCAGCCUUUAGCUCCUCCCAAGCCUGUGAUGCCCCUCCUAGAGCUCCGCCCCCCAUUGCUCCCCCCACAGGCCCUCAGCCCUCCGGCCCUGCCCCCCAAAAAGCGUCACUCAACAUCAGGCCCCACCCCCUGCAGGGUCGCCAUAGUAGCACCAAUGAGACGAGAGUCUGAAGUAGAGCGACAGGAGUGUGAGGAAGACAUCCUGAAGCUCUGCUCCUCGUCGUCUGCAGACUCUGCUGAUGACGACACACACUGUGGUGUUCAGGUGUGUGUCGGAUCACCUGCGCUUCCUGUCGUCUCUUCAGAGGAGGAUCCAGACUACGCCUUCCUCCACACAGACCUGUCGUCCUUUGAGACUCUCCCUCCUCUACCUCCCCCCACCACCCUCCCCCCCACCCUGCCAGAGAAGAGACGGCGCAGCGGUGCAGGAGCUUCCAACUCUCAGGCUUCACCUUCUUUCGGGUUUGACUCCACCCUCCAUGAUCUGAACCACGCCCAGUUAGAGGAUGUCACAGGUUCGCUGUCCUCCCCCCUGUCCCCCAGCAAGACGCCGCCCCCCCUCCCUGAGAAGAAACACCACAUCCAGGAGUACAUGAAGUACUUUUCGUACAAAGCUCCGCCUGCAGACACAGACUCCGCCCCCUCACCUGAGCUGCCUCCUGCUCCAGCGCUACCACCGAAGAAGAGACAGCAGGAUGCUGAUGAAGCUGAUGACCAGAACGAAGAGCAGCUGAUCAGAGACAGUUCCCACAGUCUCCAGCAGGAGGAGGAGGAGCAGCAGGAGGAGGAGCAGCAGCAGCAGGAGGAGGAGGUGUUACUGACCAGCCAGCAGGAGAUCCUCCAAAGGAUCACCAUGAAGAAUGAGGAGGAGGAGGGGCCGGAUGUGAAAGCGGCGUCUCCUGACAUCCUAUUGGUCUACGCCACAGACACCGAGGGAAACCCCGAACAGGUGUACUGUGAAGCCUUCCUCUGCACCUACAGGACCUUCAUCAGCGUGAAUGAUGUCAUCAGUAAACUACAGCAGAGAUACAGACACCUGUGUGACGGAGGAGAACCUGAACACCUGAAGGCCGCCAAGAACACCUUCCACCUGCUGGUCAGCGUGGUGGACAAGCUCAGUGUGGUAGAGCUGGAAUCUGAUUUGCUGCUGCUGCUGAUGGAACUGGUGUUCAGCCUCCUGAUUGGUGGAGAGCUGAGACUGGCCCACCAGCUGCGCUCCAACAUCCUGUCCAAGAUGGAGCAGAAGUGGCAGCUGAUUGGCUCUCCACAGUCACUCCGCCCGCUUGCUGCCAAGGGCGUGGCUGCCAGACCAGGAACUCUGCUGGACUUCCGGAGUCAGGAUUUAGCUGAACAGCUGACUCUGCUGGACUCUGAACUGUUCCGCAAGCUCGAGCUCCCGGAGGUGUUGCUGUGGUCUAAAGAGCAGAAUGAGGAGAAGAUUCCCAACCUGACAGCGUUCACUCAACACUUCAACAACGUUUCCUUCUGGGUGCGUUCAGUCAUCAUUCUUCAGGACAAACCUCACGACAGAGAAAAACUACUGCUGAAGUUCCUGAAAAUUAUGAAGCACCUGAGGAGGCUGAAUAACUUUAACUCGUACCUGUCCAUCCUGUCAGCGCUGGACUCCGCCCCCCUGCGGCGCCUGGACUGGCAGAAAAACACAGCUGAGGCACUGGAGGAGUACAGCUCUUUGAUUGACAGCUCAUCAUCUUUCAGAGCCUACAGAGCAGCUCUGGCUGAAGCGGAACUUCCCUGCGUACCCUACCUGGGUUUGAUCCUUCAGGACUUAACGUUUGUCCACCUGGGGAAUCCUGACAUGCUGAAGACACCACAAGGUUCAAAGGUCAACUUCUCCAAAUGCUGGCAGCAGUUUAACAUCCUGGACACAAUGAGGAGCUACCAGCAAAUUUCUUACCCUCUGCAGCCUAACGAUGACAUCAUGUCCUUCUUUAACGACUUCAGCGACCACCUGGCAGAGGAGGCAUUAUGGGAACUCUCUCUCAGGCUCCGCCCAAGAAACGCUCCUCGAGCAAAUCAGAGAUGAGCUGGAGUUAAACGUCUUCCAGCCAAUGAGGAACAAGCAAGAGUGACUUGCAGUAAACCAGGACACAACAUGUGUUAGCCUUAUGCUACCGUGCUGAACCAAGAAUGAAAUGGUUAAAAAUGGUUAACCAGGUGUUCCAGUGGGCGUGGCCUUUCUCUGUUUCUGACCUCUGAACUGUAUUCAUUGCAUCAUAAAAUCAGCUGUUAAAUGAUUAAUGAUGAUUGAUAAACAUGACUGUCCUCACCUGAAAAUCAUUUAGAAGUUAUAAUUAGUAUUUUUAUAUUAAUUCUUUUUAUCCAUGAAGGCUUUUUCAUCUGAACUCUUGUUAUUUUCUUCAUGUUGUGUUUUUUUAACACUUUGGUACUUUGAGAUUGUCUGCCAAUGAAAACUGUGUUACAAAUUAAAUUAAUUGAUAUUUUAUUAUUGUUUCAGUCAUUUUUCCAGCAAAAUGCUAAACUUUCACUGUCACGUGUGAUUGAUGAUUUUAUUUGUCAUAAAUAACAUAAACUGAAUAUUUUGAAGGUUUUGGACUUUUGAAUAUGUUGGUUUAAGUUUCAGCAAAUUGUGACGACAUUUUUCACUUUUUCCUGAUAUUUUACAGAAUAAAGGAAUAACGGAGAAAAUUAUUAACAGAUAAGUCGAUUAGUAAAAUAAUUUAGAAGUUAGUUGCAGCUGUAGACUGUCUGCUAAUUUAUCUCCAUUAAACAUUUCACAAAUGAUUUUCCAGAAAAUGUGCAAACAUCAUGAAGACUUAUACAGGAAAAGGAAACAGUUACUAAAACACAAAUGUUGAAGUAAAAAUAAAAACAAGAAGGACAAUAUAUAUGUAUAUUUUAAUUUAUUUUUAACUCAGGAAGGCUUUUUCAUCUGAACUCUUAUUUUAUUUAUGUUACACGUUUUUAAUGAUGUAGCACUUUGAGAUUAACUGCCAAUGAAAGUGCUGCACAAAUAAAGUUUUAUUUGAAGAACUUCAUUUCUUUAAAAUGUGAAAAUGUUCAGGACUGUAAAAUCAGACACGUUUAUUUCUGAUAAUAAGAGUUUCUUAACGGACUGUAAAAGUCUUGUUUGGUGACAUUUGGAGAAAGAUGUAGUUUUUCCAAACCUGCAUGUUCAGCAUGAUGGAAAUAGAAAACAGCUGUUAGUUUGGAUGAAGUUUGACAGCAGGAGUCCAGAUGUUUUCUGUGAUAAAGUAAAGUGGAGAACUGUACCUGGAUCUGUAGAUGUGAUGGUUUCUCCUCCAUGCUUGCAGCUCUGUGUGCAGUCUGUGUUUGGAUGUUGAGCUGUGAGCUUUUGACUUUCUUCUUGGUUUCCUCUCUCAGCUCCUCGUCACAUACCUGAGCUGACCUCUGACCUCUGACCCGCUGAUCGUCACAGCAGAAGAAGACAAACGGACGUCUGUAUUCACUUUGUGUGCAGAAAGUUAACCGACACACGUGUUUCACUGUUUUCUUCCUGGAGAAGAAAACACUUGCUUUUUGUCCAAAGCACAUUUUCCAAAUAUAACUAUUAAUGUUGAUGAUUUAUAUCAAAAUGUGACUUUUCAUUCAAAGUUGAGUUGUGUGAAGGUUGUAGAAAUGAGAAACUGACCCUGCGCUAAACUGUGUGUGAAUAAACAAUAUAACUAUCAAUAAUGUUCAGCUUAUUAUUAGAGUGCCAUUUUUCUGAAUCUGACAAUAAAGAUCAAAUGAAAGCUUCUAUUAUUAUUUAUGAUCCUUUUUUAUUGGACAUAACAGGUGAUACUGCAGUUCCAUUUAUUUCUGCCUGAGUAACAUAAACAUACAAAUGAUCAACUUUACUUGGUACAACACAAAAACAGGAAAUAAGAAACAUUUCAAACAGAUUGUAAACAGAUUGAUGAUCCUGUAAAUGAGCUUUUUAUUGUGGAUAUUUAGUAAGGCGCUAAACUGUCAGCUGUUUGUCCUCUAAUAUUCUGUUCACAUACAGCCAGAGCUGCAACAAUUAGUCCAUUCAUUGAUUAUCCAUCAACACUAAAUUAACACUUAAUCAUCAUUUGAGU